GAUCCAUUGCGCACAGCUUGGUGACGUCGCUGCGCAGCUUCAUCCAACCGUCCUGAGGCUGAGAUUCGUUCACACCAACAUGUGACUUUUCUCCUGUAAGAGGACGAACAUGGAGCUGCAGGUGGAAAACCAAAGCCAGCCUCUGGACACCAACACGGGGAGGCUGCCGGCUAGACUCAUCCUGGGGGUCGGGGUGGAUAUCUUCAUUUCUCUGCUCAUAUUCGGACUCAUCUUUUUGCUCGGCGUGCUCGGCAACACUUUGGUCAUCACGGUUCUGGCGCGCAGCAAAGCGGCGCAGCCCAGGAGCACCACCAACAUCUUCAUCCUGAACCUGAGCGUGGCGGACCUGUCCUACCUGCUCUUCUGCGUCCCCUUCCAGUCCACCAUCUACAUGCUGCCCACCUGGGUGUUCGGCGCCUUCAUCUGCAAGUUCACGCACUACUUCUUCACCGUGUCCAUGCUGGUCAGUAUCUUCACCCUGUCCGCGAUGUCCGUGGACCGCUACGUGGCCAUCGUCCACGCCAGGAAGUCCUCGUCGAUCCGGGUGGGGAGGCACGCCGUGCUCGGGGUGGUGCUGAUCUGGCUGCUGUCGCUGGUGAUGGCGGCUCCCGUGGCGCACUACCAGAGCAUCGUGGAGCGGGAGGACAACAGCACGUUCUGCUGGGAAGUGUGGCCGGACCAGCAGAGGAAAGUCUACGUGAUGUGCACCUUCGUGUUCGGAUACCUGCUGCCGCUCGCGCUCAUCUCCGUGUGCUACGCAAAGGUUUUAAACCAUCUGCACAAAAAGCUGAAGAAUAUCUCCAAAAAGUCAGAGCUGUCCAAGAAGAAGACAGCUCAGACUGUCCUGGCUGUGGUGGUGGUCUUCUGCCUGUCCUGGCUGCCUCACCACAUCGUCCAUCUCUGGGUGGAGUUCGGCUCGUUCCCCCUGAACCAGGCCUCCUUCGUGUUCAGGGUGGUGGCUCACUGCUUGGCCUACAGCAACUCUUCCGUCAACCCCAUCAUCUACGCCUUCCUGUCCGAGAACUUCAGGAACUCCUACCGGCAGGUCUUCUGGUGCCGGGUGCCCAGCGACUGUCCGCUCAACGACACCAGGGACCUCCGGAGCCGGAUGGAAACGCUGCCGUCCACCAACGUCAGCGUCACAAAUAAAGCUCAUGACUCUCAGAUCAGUAAAAUGCUUUGAUGCCAAGAGGAGAGUCCAACCUGACUGAUGCUGUUUGAGGCUCAGUGUUGAUAUAUGAGGCUGAUGUAUUUGGUUUUUAAAGCCUGUAAGGAGCACGUUGGGCCACUGUUUGGUACAGCCGCUUGUUUCCCUGGUUUAAGUUUUGUAUUUGAGUGUCAUUUUUUAAAUGUGCACAUGUGAUCGCGACAUAAUUAUUAGAAAUAUCAGCAAAUAUGAGACAGACAGCAGAAAACGGGGCGCUAGCAUCUUAAAAUGCAGUUUUGGAGAAAGAAGCUUUUUAUCCAGAACUCAUUGGUUAGGAAGUAUUGUUCAGGUAUUUAACAGGUGUUUGGACAAAAAGUAGUAUUUUGUUUGGAACAAAGCUUCAAAACUAUGAAUAUUUGGAUGGAAAGUGGUAUUUUUUGAUGGAAUAAACCUUUGAAACUGUAAGUUCCACACUUCAGCAAUCCAAUGUGUUAGGUGGCACUGUUGAGACAAAACAUCCAUCCAUCCAUUAUCUGUACAUCGCUUAAUCGUCAUUAGGGUCAUGGGGGGCGGAGUCUAUCCCAGCUGACUGA